UCUGGGUGUAGGAAUUGACACGAGAACGUCAUCCCGACAUGCAAGUCCCUCGGAAGAUGAAGGCCAAGAAGAGCGACAAGGACGUGUCCGACGCCAAGCAUCACGCCGGGACGAUCCAGUUUGAAGCACGACAGGGACGAGAGCGAACAAAUUCGGAAGAAACCGCGAUGAUCCUCUCGAGCAUGUGCAUGAACAGCAGUUCUGUCCCGUCGGACAAAGCUUCCCUCGAAGAAGGGGCAGGCGCCAAGGUCCACGUCAAGAGAGAGGGAGGCGAAGACGAAGACGAGACUCUUAUCAACCCAGGAACGAAGUACAUUCCGUCGCUUGCUCGAUUCGACGAGGCCGACCGGGCGAAGUACAUUUCGUCGUAUGCCAAGUUCAAGAACGAAGACGAAGGUGAAGGGUGGAGUUCCGACGGGUCUGAAAUCACAAAGCGUCGGUACGUUGCGAAUGCCGCGAACCGAAUGAAGUACCACGCGACAAAGUUCAUCUCGAUCGAAGAGCUUCGGGAACACUUCGAUCAGCCCAUCGUGGAAGUGGCCCGGUUCUUUGGGAUUUGCAUCACGCUCAUGAAAAAAGUGUGUCGUCGCAAUGGCAUCAAGCGCUGGCCUCAUCGGCAAAUUCGGUCGUUGACCAAAAGCAUCAGCUCCAUGGAAGCGGCCAUGAUGACCACCACCGGUGCCGAGCGCGAAAAGUACGAGGGGCAGAUUCAAACGCUCAAGAUGAAGCGCGACGCUGUGAUUGCCGACCCGAACAAGGAAGUGUCCGUGUCUGUCACCAAGCACGAGUUUAAAGACGAAAAAAUGGACGACAUGAUGCCGAACGACGACAAUCUCGACGGGUCCGACAGUUGCGGCAGUCCUCGGCAGGCGGCGCGUUCGUCCGUGGCCAAAGACGACGCGGUGCCGCCGUUUAUCCUUCCUGCGACGCGACCCCGCCCCCCGCCGCAGCAAUACGAAGCCAAGGGCGGCCGAUGGACGUCCCAGGAACAUGCAGCAUUCCUCGAAGGGAUCAAACUGUUUGGCAAGAACUGGCGCCGCGUGGCGCAAGUGGUUGGCACGCGCAACGCCGUGCAAACUCGAACGCAUGCGCAAAAGUACUUGCUCAAGACCAGCGCGCACUUGGAUUUGCAUUUCUCGCUGCUCAAUAAAAACGACGGGGACGAAGACGACGACGCCAACCACGCGGCGUUCCUCACGUCGCUGACGACGCAUCGAGAUCAGGUGGCGCCAACGGCCCCCCCGCCGACUGAAGUGGUCGCCGGCAUGGACCGCCUCAGCUCGUUGAUGCUCAAAGCGGAAUCGAUGCACACCCACAUGCUGGAGUCGGCCGACACGAUUCGAUCGCCGUUGGAUGCGUUGAACUUCUCGGCGCCGCUGCUCCUGAGCCCCACGAGCUGGAAUGGAGCGUCGGACACGCCACAUGACCCCCCUGGUGGUGCGCUGGAACCUCCUCUCCGGAAGGUGGUGCUCGGACGAAAGGCGGCCGCCGAUGCCUUGGCUGUCGACUCCAAGGACACGAAGAAGCGCAAAGUCGUCGAAAACGACACUGAAAACUUGUCUCCGAACCAAACAAGUGCCGCCGAUGUGACGACCGCGGUCCCCACGGAACACUUUGCUUUUCUUGGCUCGUCCACGGAUCAGCACAACACAGCGAUCACGGACGUUGGUGUGACACCCGACGAGGCGAUUGAGGAAGAGCUUGGCGAUGCCCCCAAGGUCGACGAACGUGUGCACGAAGGCGGUUCCCCGAUGCCAAUGCCUUUCGAUCAAGUGUCCACCAAAGCACAUGAGGACUUGAAGCGUUUCCACGACGAAGGGGGGUCAGAACCACAGCCUGAGGAAGAGCCCAGUGCUCUAUCGGACGAGAAUUCGUUUGCACACAACACCUUCACGAGCAACGACAUGCGCGAGUUUUGCCCACAGAUUUAAGCCUAGGAACGUGUAUUUAUUGCAGUAACCUGUAAUAUCUGUGAGUCGUGACACACGAGUUGUUGAAGCAAUGGGGGACCAUGAUCGUUGUUGAAGCCAUUUAACACAAAGAAUCGGACUUUAAACAUCUUAUCCUCUUCGCGCGCGGCGUCUCACGGAUUCUAAUGGUGGUGGUGGCCGGCGUUGGGGUUCUUGUUGUCCAACUUGAAAUACUUGUUGAAUCGCGGCACGUGGUGCACCUUGCCUUCUUCCAAGUUGAACCAGACAAUGUAAGGGGAGUCGUUGUGCGAGAUACCGACCGCGCGGGUGCUGUUCCACGAAGGGACGAGGAUAGGGUCGUCCUUGGAGUUGCCUUGGCUUUCUUCAGACGCGAUAGGGUCGCGGUUGAACAACUCAACGCCUUCUUCGGCCAGCUUCAGUUCUUCACCUUGGCGACCCACAGUGAUUUGUUCAAUGCUGUUGGGCACAUCACGAACGAUGGAGGAGAAGGCACGGAUCGACACCGAUCGCUUCGCGACGCUCUUGACGGUGCUCAACAUGGUUCCACUAAAAGCUGAAAUAGUCACU